CAAAUUUUAAAGUUGAGGGGGGAGGAAACCAAAUUGAAUCCUCCACAGCAUAAACAAACACCGUAGCCCAAAAAAAUUUCGCGGUUCCCUAAAAGCUUUGGUUUGCAAUACGGAAAUGCAUUUCAGUUCUACAUCUUCAAAAGUGGCGGGAAAUCCUUCAUUGUCCGAAGCAUUUCGUUUCAAAAUUCCUUUUCACUCUCAAUUUUUUUCCCGCCGGAACACAUGAAUCUCUUCAACAAAUAACUCUCCCCAAUCCGGUAAUGCCAGUCAUUCGCAUCUCUAGCGUCUCCCCAUUUUUUCAACUUAUCAUUUAUACCAAUUCCCUCCUUCUGCCGCCUGAAUUUGAACCUGGGUUUUGACGUUUUUGCUCUCACAGAUAAUGGGGAGCAAGAAGAGGGCUGCUGCCGAUGAUAACGAACACAGAGCCAAAAGGACUAAGUCUCCUGGAGUUCGAGUCGUUGGGGGUCGGAUCUAUGAUUCUGAGAACGGAAAAACUUGUCAUCAAUGCCGACAAAAAACCAUGGAUUUUGCUGCAUCCUGUAUGAACAUGAAAGAGGACAAGCUGUGUACCAUAAAAUUCUGUCACAAGUGCCUCCUAAACAGAUACGGAGAGAAAGCAGAAGAGGCGAUGCUUAUGAAAGACUGGAGUUGUCCCAAGUGCAGAGGCCUUUGCAAUUGCAGCGUGUGCAUGAAGAAAAAAGGUCUUAAACCUACUGGUUUACUAGUGCGCGCAGCCAAAGCAACUGGGUUUUCUUCUGUCUCGGAGAUGCUUCUUGUGCAUGGUUCUGACUGCUUAGAUCAAUAUAAAAAUACAAUAAGCAAAGCGGCUUCACCAAAAAAGCAGGCUUCUGAUGACAAGAAACAAACUCCAAAUUUUGAUAGAAAGAAGUUGAAGGAAAUGAAGCGUGAAGAAUUGAAAGAAAUAUGCAAUGAAAAUAAGGUUGAUGCUAAAUUCUCGAAGAAGAGCAGCACAACAAAAUCCAGCUUAGGAGAAAUUUCUAAGGAACAAACAGAAGCAAAUGGGAGGAAUGAUUCUCUUCCCUCAAAGAAAAAGGGGCCCAGAAAAGGGACCUCUAAGGAUGCUGCCUCCGAUGUUAGCACCCCCAAAGAUGCUAGAGAAAAAAACAGUUCGGGUCAUGAGAAUGCCAAAGCAUCAGAUGUUGCGGAAGAGGAAGACAAGAGGUCCUCAAAGGAUGUUCCUUACCAUUUAAUUAAAGCUGGAGACGAAAAAGAAGAAAAAGAGUUGCAUAUUCACAAAUAUGCCAACACAUCAAAAGAUGUGAAAAAUAACAAAACAAAGGUGCAUGACAAGCCUCCGGCAAAGUCUCAGGAAAAUAAAAAAUGCUCUGUGAAUAUUCAGAACAAGGAAUUUGGUGCCAGUGUUCCUUUCUCUCCAGGUUUAAGGUUAACAACUGUAGCAGAUAUCGAACUGACCACAGAUGAUGUUGGUCAUGCACUGCAGUUUUUAGAAUUCUGUGCAGCUUUUGGAAAGGCUCUUAAUAUAAAGAAAGGGUAUGCUGAGUCUGUACUCAAAGACCUAAUGCGGGAGAGAAUUCAGAGAAGAUGUCGAGUGCAUGAUUCACUCACUGUUCGAUUUCAUAUUCAACUCUUGUCACUGAUAUUGAAGGAUAUGGAUGAAGAAUCUGCAAUCCCUAGUCCCACAAAUGACAGAAGCUCAUGGUUGCUGGCCCUGAAGAAAUGCAUUUCUGCAUCCCCAUUUAAGUCGAAUGAUCUGAAACCAGAUUACUUUGAUGGAGGUGACAAUUGUUAUGAUGACUUAGACUUCUCAAAAAAGCUCAGACUAUUGACUUACCUAUGUGAUGAGGCUCUCAAUACUACAAAAUUGAGAAGCUGGAUUGAACAACAGAAUAGUAAUUUUUUGGAGGAACAAAAGGAAGUUAAAGAAAAACUUGCUGCACUGAAGGACAAGGAGAAACAAGCUAAGCAAAAAUUGCAAGAUGAAUUGGCCAAAGCUCUAAUUGCAAAGAAUGGCGUUCCCCUUUCAAUUGCAGAGAAUGAUGCUAUUAUUUCACAAAUAAAAAAUGAUGUAGCUGAAGCUCAAGCUGAGAGGCUUGCAGCUUUGGAAUUGGCAUCUAAGAGGAGACAAAGAUCAUAUGCUACAAGGACAGUUCCCGUCAUGUUGGAUGUUAAUGGUCGUGUAUUUUGGAAAUUAAGAGGCUUUGCUUGUGAAGGGAAUAUUCUGCUGCAAGAUAUGGAAAGCUGGGGAUCAGAUAAUCCAAGCGAAAAGUGGUUGAUAUAUAAAGACGAGCAGAAACAAGAGAUAGAAAAAUACAUUUCUUCUUUAACGUUUAAGAGGCCUAAGUUAGUGGAAAAAGUUCAGACACUUCCAGGUGGAGGUAGUGAGACAGCUUCAGCAUGUUGAGGUUUGCCAUCUCUGAGCCAAAAGAUUAGUAGUCAUGUCACUAAGCUUUGGUUUUGUGGAGCAAAUUGCCAAAACAAAUGAUUUAAAAGAUCUAUUUUUCAAUGUGCUUCUCUUCUAGAUGGAAAAUCCAUAUCCCUUUAUUUUGUAACAUCUCAAGAGAAGCAAUUCACUGCUAUUUUAACAGAAGAGGAAAAAAAGGGAAAAAAAGGAUAGCCUCAGCUGAUUCUGUGUUUGUGUAUUUGUACACUUGAAAAUGCUUCAUAGCAAUUCACUUGUUCCCUUUCUACUUUUAUUAUCAUUAUUAUGUACCCUUCUUUUAUA